AUGACGACUCGCCUUGCCGCGCGCACUGUCCGGUCAUCCAUCAUGUCCGUCGCUGCGGAAUGUAAACAUCUCCGGCCGCGACGAUUCGCGCCUCUUGAUCCCACUCGGGCAUCGGAUGCACCGCCGUUGAAGGGGAUCGUGUUUGACGUAGAUGGGACCUUGUGUCUACCGCAACAUCACAUGUUUAAUGAAAUGAGAGAAGCACUCGGAAUUGACCGCUCAACCGACAUCCUCCACCACAUCCGCGAUCUCCCGACAGCCGAAGACCAAGCCGCAGCCGUGGCCAAGGUCCAAGGCGUAGAGAGACGAGCCAUGCUCGACCAACAGCCCCAGCCCGGUCUGACUCGGCUAAUGGACUACCUGCAGUCACGCAGUCUCCGACGGGGGCUGUGUACGCGGAAUUUCGAAGCACCCGUGCAGUAUCUCAUUCAGAACUACAUGCCGAGUCAUGUAUUCCUACCCAUCAUCACGCGGGACACCCCGAAUGUCAUUCCCAAGCCUGACCCGGCGGGAAUCCUGCAUAUUGCCCGGGAAUGGGGAUUGACGAAUCGCGCAGAGAACAUGAUUAUGGUCGGAGAUAGCAUCGAUGACAUGACAUCUGGUCAUAUGGCAGGUGCAGCAACGGUCUUGCUCGUGAAUGAGCGCAAUGCUCAUCUUCAAGAGCAUGCCCAUACAGAUCUGUGUAUCAGCCGGCUGGAUGAGUUGGUUGAUAUCCUUGAACAAGGAUUUGUUGGUACUCGUGAGCCCGAGUGA